CACGUCCUCUCUGCUGAAGGGCUGCGGCUCUGCCCCGCCCCGCCCCUCCUGCCCUGCCCGGUUCGGCGCGGUCCAGGAGCCCAGACUACUGGCACCGGUGCUCCGCCGCGGGUGAGAAAGCAGGCCCCGCCCGAGGAGCCCAGCAUGUGUUUAAAAUGUGCAUUUUAAAUAACAUCCCUCUUUGGAUCACCUUGCUCUGCAAACUUGGAUCAUGAAAGUAAUGGGAAGAAUUUGUCCUUGGAUCUUGAUUUCAUUGUUUCAUUUGGUAGCAUAUGCUGCAGAACAUGAAGAUGUAGCAAAGCAUGCAAUAAAGUUGCAUCGUGGGAAAGGAGCAGCUAUUACUCAGAGAAAACAAUGGGUUCUAGACAAUUGUAGAAAACUAUCUGGUCUUCUUCGGCAAAAGAAUGUGGUCCUUAACAAACUAAAAAAUGCUAUAAGAGCAGUGGAAAAGAAUUCUGGACUAUCAGAUGAAGAGAAGCUCUUUCAAGUACACACAUUUGAAAUUUUCCAAAAGGAAUUGAAUGAAAGUGAAAAUUCAGUCUUUCAAGCUAUCCAUGGACUCCAAAGAGCCCUGCAAGGAGAUUACAAAGAUGUUGUGAACAUGAAAGAAAGCAGUAGACAGCGAUUGGAGGCUUUGAGGGAAGCUGCAAUUAAGGAAGAAACAGAAUAUGUUGAGCUUCUGGCAGCAGAAAAGCAUCAAGUUGAAGCCCUUAAAAAUAUGCAGCAUCAGAACAAAAGUCUGUCCAUGCUUGAUGAAAUUCUUGAAGAUGUAAGAAAGGCAGCAGAUCGUUUAGAAGAAGAAAUAGAGGAACAUGUUUUUGAUGACAACAAGUCAGUAAGAGGGGUCAAUUUUGAGGCAGUUUUGAGAGUAGAAGAGGAAGAAGCCAAUUCCAAGAGAAAUGUAUCAAAACAUGAAGUAGAAGAUAAUUUGGGCCUUAGUAUGCUAAUUGACUCUCAAAACAAUCAGUAUAUAUUAACUAAGCCCAGAGAUUCAACAAUUCCACGAGCUGAUCACCACUUUAUAAAGGAUAUUGUUACCAUAGGAAUGUUAUCUUUACCAUGUGGUUGGCUAUGUACAAUGAUAGGAUUGCCAACAAUGUUUGGUUACAUUAUUUGUGGUGUACUACUGGGACCCUCAGGAUUAAACAGUAUUAAGUCUAUUGUGCAAGUGGAGACAUUAGGAGAAUUUGGUGUGUUCUUUACUCUCUUUCUUGUUGGCUUGGAGUUUUCCCCAGAAAAGUUGAGAAAGGUAUGGAAGAUCUCCUUGCAAGGCUCAUGCUAUAUGACAUUCCUAAUGAUUACAUUUGGCUUAUUGUGGGGACACUUUUUACAAAUCAGACCCACACAAAGUGUUUUUAUUUCUACUUGUUUAUCCUUAUCAAGCACACCCUUGGUGUCCAGGUUCCUCGUUGGUAGUGCCCGAGGUGAUAAAGAAGGUGAUAUUGACUACAGCAGUGUGCUCCUUGGCAUGCUGGUAAUGCAAGAUGUACAGCUUGGAUUAUUCAUAGCUAUUAUGCCAACUCUCAUACAAGCAGGAGCUAAUACAUAUUCCAGCAUUCUCCUGGAAAUACUGAGAAUAUUGAUACUGAUUGGUCAAAUCCUCAUUUCUCUGGUUACUGUUUUUCUUGUGUGUCUUGUUAUAAAGACUUAUCUUAUAGGGCCAUAUUAUCGAAAGUUGCAUAUGGAGAGCAAAGGAAAUAAAGAAAUCCUUGUUUUAGGAAUAUCAGCCUUCAUCUUUCUAAUGUUAACGAUUACAGAGCUUCUUGAUGUUUCAAUGGAGUUGGGCUGCUUUUUGGCUGGAGCAUUGAUUUCUUCUCAAGGUCAUAUGGUUACUGAAGAGAUUAUGUCCUAUGUUGAACCUAUACGAGACUUUUUGGCCAUCAUUUUCUUUGCAUCUAUAGGUCUCCAUGUUUUCCCCACUUUUGUAAUAUAUGAACUCACUGUUUUGAUGUUCCUCACUCUGUCAGUGGUAAUCCUAAAGUUUGUUUUGGCAGUGCUUGUCUUAUCCCUUAUUCUGCCCAAGAGUGGUCAGUACAUCAAAUGGAUUGUCUCAGCUGGACUGGCACAAGUCAGUGAGUUUUCUUUUGUUCUGGGAAGCAGAGCACGGAGAGCAGGAAUCAUCUCAAGAGAGGUCUACCUCCUCAUAUUGAGUGUGACGACUUUGAGCCUUCUACUUGCCCCGGCAUUGUGGAAAGCUGCCAUCAUGAAGUGUUUGCCAAGACCGGAAAGGCGCUUAAGUACGUGAAGAGAGUCGUCUAGAAGGGUCGGACAAACCGGGUCUCUGCGGGAGUGUGACAGGCCUUCUUAUGGGCCCUACAAACGGUGUUCAAGUAUUCGAGUCCGGAUGUUUGCACAGCUUACUAAAUAGGCAUUGUCGUGUGGUAGGGGCUUCCAAAAUAACUCAUUUACACUCAAUUAUGCACAGUAGAAUGGCUUUGAAAAGAACGCAUCAUGCAGAUCGCCUCGACUAUUUUGCCUGGAUGUGCCUUUUUCUCAAGUUUAUUCCCAUCUUCUUUUGUUUAUUUAUUUACCUUUUGGGGGUAGAAAGCAAAAAUGGAAAGUUUCUUAUUUAAUGGUGCCUGUGGUACCUCGUCAAAACGACUAAAUUAUCUGUGCAACUUCUGGAUUUGUAAUCUGUAGGUCAGGCAUUUGUCAUUAAAACAAGUGGUGUGAAUUUCUCGUUCAUUCCGAGUUUGGCAGCUUAAUUUUAAUGUUUAAUGUGAUCAACAGUGUUUGUUCUCAUGUCUUACAGUGCCUGUUUGCUUUUGAUCAUCUCACCUUUGAAUACUCAUUUUAAUGUUACUUCAUUCUUUUGCUUUCGGCUGUCUGUUAACUACAUUCUUUAGUAAAUAGGAUCUUUGAUCAAGAUACAAUAUUCUUGAACAGGAGCUGAAGAUUUUUUGAAGUCUUGAUUUGGAGAUUCAAUUCUGAUGCUGAAUGACUCCUUACACACUCUUUUAUUAAACAAUUUGUUUAAAUAGUCACAUGUUAUUCCAUAAGAGAUCAGAUUAAAGCUUUGCUUUUUAGAAGAACCAAGUUCGAGCUAUCCUAUAAAAACAUUUUUUGGUACACUCUAUUUUAAGAAGUCACAUGUAAAAAGAAAUGAACUUAAAAACUUGACAAGCUAGGCAGUGAAACUCUUAUUAUGAGAAAAUAAUUUGCUUUACAAAAUGAUUUAUCACUUUUAAAUGGAAGCCGUCCUACUUAAAAGCCAUUAUCAGCUUGACAAAGAUAAUUGCAAGUGAAGUCUCAAGUGUACUGCAGAAAAAAUAUGUAAAUUUUGUUAGUAGCCGAUGCCAAUUCAGAUUAAUCAGUGCUAGAAAUGAAAACAUCUUGUGUUAUUAGCCAACAGGACAGACUCCAUUUAUAAGAAUUUUAUCAUUUCAUAGAGACAUGUAAGGGAGAGGUGUGUAUCUUUCAGAAAGUGAACUGUUUGUUACAAUAAACUUGACAAACAUUCCAGAUAUUACCCUAUUGUUUGGUACCAUUUCACCCUAUUCUUGUCUCUGAUAUAUUAAAGCAUCUUGUGAGUAAUGCAAAUGGGGCUAGAUGUGCCCAUUGGCAGUUAGGAAGCUAUUUUCUGGAAACCUGACCAGUUUCAUACCAGUUUGAAAUGAAUACUUAAAUGAGAAAUCCUGUAAAGAAUAUCAUGUUACCACAUGUCUACGCAAUACACUGGUCAGCUCUCCUGAAACUUUUUGAUAUGCAAAAAUACUGUAAGGGGAAGUCAAAGAAUGAAUCAGUAAUAUGAGCUAUUGUGCUAUAUGAGAAACCUAAGAUUUUAGCAGCCUUGCACAUAACUAGAACCAGUAAUAAUUUAUGGCUCACCAACUUUUAAUAAUUAUAUUUCUGAUUAUAGCUCUGCUUUAUUUUAUGCAAUAGCUACAUUUGUAAAAAGUUGUGUACAUUUUUUACUUUAGAGAAGUAAAAUAUUUUAAAUGCAUUAGGGUCUCUUGACUUUAAAAGAAAUUUUAUUUCUUUUGUAUAGUGAAGAAUUAUUCAAAGAGUGAAUAGCUAGUCCCGGUGUUUUUUGUAAAUCUAAAUUUGUAUAUAUUAAAUUUGCUCAUAAUUGGCCACCCUUUUCUUCCCCUCCCCAUAAGAAUUAGUCUAACCUACACCAUUUUUGCAGAAGUAAAAAGGUUGUUCAUUUUCUUAAAGUUGGCAUUUUCUCUGCAAAGUGGGAUUACAGAAUACACACACAGUUCUUUAAUAAUUUUACAGAGUUAAUUUUGUACAAAUUUGGAUCUGCUUUCUCAGCUUGUGAAAGCUACUUUAACAUAAGUGAAAAUGUGACGUCAGAACCUUCAUUUUUCUAACAUUUCUUUGUGCUAUUUUAUUUAAAAGGCAAAGCUUUGCAAUGAACUAUUUUUAAAUUUGUUCUAGAAUGAAUAUCCUAAAAGAACUUAGGUUUUACUCAGACUGACAAAUUUAGCUGGCUCUUUUUUAGACAGUUAAGAAUUCAAUUUUAAUAAUUAGUUAAAGCAAUUUAUUAAAAUUUUAGAAGCACUGUUAUUUGUCAUUAAAUAUCUUUGUGCAGAAGGAUAUGUAGAAAUAUAAGUUAUUUUCAUGUGAACUGUAGCAUUUCUUGUUAAAGAAAUCUAAAAUAUAAAUGCUCUCUGAGGCAAGGGUUGUUAAUAUAAUAAAUUUGUUUAAAGAAAA